GGAGACACUCCUGAACUUGAGACAGAGGACAAGACUGGAGACUCUCCUGAACCUGAGACUGAUGACAGUGAUGAUUGGAAAGAGACCAGAGAACCAGGUUUGAACUCUCAGAAAAAUGAUGAAAUCUUCGUCAGUGAUUCUAGAUGUAGUGUUGAUAGCAAACCAUUUAGCUGCAGCAUGUGUGAAAAAAAAUUCGCCUCCAAGACAGAUCUGAAGAGACACAAGAGAAUUCAUACAGGAGAAAAACCUUUCAGCUGCUCUGUGUGCGAGAGAUCGUUUACACAGAGAGGACAUUUACAGAGACACAUGAGAACUCACACAGGAGAGAAACCAUUCAACUGCUCAGUUUGUAAGAAAACGUUUUGUUAUAGUGAACAUUUGCAGAGACACGUGAGGUGCCACACAGGAGAGAAACCUUUCUGCUGCUCUGAGUGUGAUAGAAGAUUCCCUCGCAAGGAGACCUUAGCUCAUCACAUGAGGAUCCACACAGGAGAGAAGCCUUUCAGCUGCAGUGUUUGUGACCAAAGAUUCACUUGGCUUUCACAGCUCAGAAACCAUCAGCGUGAUGUUCACAGCUCACAGCCUCAUGAAACUCAAACUGAGGAGUACAUAGGUGAAAAGUUUGAAACAGAAGUUGAUGGAGAGGACUGUGGUGAAUCAGAAUCACUCAGGAGCACAGAUCUAGAUGGACAUUUACAACCUAAAACUAAUGAAAAGACUGGAGACUCUCCUGAAACUGAGACUCAUGACAGUGAUGAUGUGAAGGAGACCGGAGAACCUCAGUCACGUUUAAACUCCCUGAAAAAUGUUGAAGUCCUUGUCAGUGAUUCAAGAUUUAAUUCUGAUGAGAAACCAUUUAGCUGCUAUGAAUGUGGGAAAAGAUACGGCCGCAAGCCAGAUCUCAAGAGACAUAUAAGCACUCAUACAGGAGAAAAACCUUUCAGCUGCUCAGAGUGUGACAAAAGAUUCAUCACCAAUACAGAUCUGAAGAGGCACAUGAGCACUCACACAGGAGAGAAACGUUCCAGCUGCUCCAUUUGUAAGAAAUCUUUUUCGCAGAAUUCACAUUUACAGUCACACAUGAGAUGCCACACAGGAGAGAAACCAUUUAGCUGCUCUGAGUGCGGAAAAAGAUUUAGCACCAAAACACAUCUGAAGCAACACAUGAGGUCUCACACAGGAGAAAAACCUUUCAGCUGCUCAGUUUGUAAGUUGUCUUUCACACAGAGUGGAAGUUUACAGAAACACAUGAGGCGCCACACAGGAGAGAAACCAUUCAGCUGCACAAAGUGCGGAAAAAGAUUUCCACGCAAGGAAAGCGUAGCUCAUCACAUGAAAACUCACACAGGAGAGAAACCUUGAUGUAUAAGGCUGUGGAGGACCAGAACCAGCCAGGAGCUCACAUCCAGAUACACACUGACAACCUAAGAUUUAUGACACGACCAGAUAAUCCUCCGAGCCAGAGACUAACCCCGAGGGUUGUUGCAGUAACAGCAAUAUUGCAGUGCUAUCGUGGGAUUGCUGCGUUUUUACCACACGCUAUAAAUGCCAGCAGCCGGACAGCCGCUGAGUGUUUAUUCUCCCCACUGCCUAAAAAGUACGUGACAUGCCUCCUCCUUUUGUACACCACUUCCCCUCUAACAAAUAAAAAAAGUCCUGUCGUUAUAUUUAAAUAUUCAUUUUUUAAUCCUGUUCGUAAUUCAUUAUUUUUAAAAAUAAUAUAAAAAAGCUAUAUAGUAAUGAAAAGAGCUGUUGAGUAUGGAUGAUCGUUUCAGAUAAGGCAUGGUCUUUAAAAGUUGUUUUUAAAGAUUUUUAAUAGUUAAACAGUAAAGCUUGUUUACAAAGCACUUAAAUCAGGAUAAAUGUAGUAAUUUGUAGAAAUAAAAAAUAAGGCAAUAAUGACACACGGUUCGUGCAGAUCCUUAAAAAGCUUUAAAAGACAUGGAAUUCAUUUAUCUAUAAAAGCUUUGAUUGGUAUUAACAUGACUUAAAUCAAUCUUUCAGCUUUCUUAAAAAUGCUCAGAUGUGGGAAGUAGGUUUUAUAAUUUAUUUUUUUCUAGCGCUGCAUUGUUAAAUCUCUAAAAUAUUAGUAAAAAUAUUUUUUUGUUAUAUAAUGUAAUAAAUUCUUCUUCUUGAACUGGUCACGCUGGGAAUCCAAACAGUGGAAUUUCACCCAGAAAUGCCAGAUAUUUCCUUCUUCUGCCGAUAAGCCCGAUAGAUCUGUUUAUGGUACUAUAAAACAUUAUCGUUGUCCAUGACUUCCACUUUUAAAUUAUUCUUUUAAUAUUUUGU